UUUUUCAAAGCAGUUGGAUUUUUUUAUAAAAAAAAAAAAAAAACUCUUCUUCCUUAUUGAUCCAUCAUGUCUACUUUAUAUAAAACUGCAGAACUUGUAAAGAACAAAUCGAGUGAACAAAAGUCUAAGGACAAGAGAAUCAACAAACAAAGAGUGAUGAUGCUCUGUUCUCGUGGUGUCACUUAUCGUUAUCGUCAUUUGCUUUCAGAUCUCGAAGCCAUGAUGCCUCAUUCCAAAAAAGAUGCCAAGUUGGAUACAAAGAACAACCUCUAUAUUUUGAAUGAAUUGGCUGAUCUCAACAACUGUAACAAUGCUGUCUUUUUUGAAGUAAGAAAGAAGCAAGACUUGUAUGUCUGGAUGGCCAAGACACCUAACGGUCCUUCUGUCAAAUUCCAUCUUCAAAACUUGCACACAAUGGACGAAUUGAAGAUGACCGGUAACUGUUUAAAGGGUUCUCGACACAUUUUGUCUUUUGAUAAGACUUUUGAUUCUGCACCUCAUUGGUCUCUUUUGAAAGAAUUAUUAGGCCAAGUCUUUAAUGUGCCCAAGGGAUCAAGACGCUCAAAGCCUUUUAUUGAUCAUGUCUUGUCCUUUUCUAUUGUGGAUAACCGUGUUUGGUUUAGAAACUAUCAGAUUGUUGAAAAGAAUGCUCAAAACACACCUGGCUUUAAUCCUAUGGAUAAAGAUGAUAUCUCGCUGGUUGAAAUUGGUCCUCGUUUCUGUCUUACACCUAUUCGUAUCUUUGAAGGUUCUUUUGGUGGUCCCACUGUCUAUGAGAACCCUGAAUUUGUUCACCCUAACUUUGUUCGCUCUGCUAUUCGUAAAGAAAAACUCGAGAAAUACACCAAGAGACAAAAGAGUAACUUUGAGCGUGAAAAUAGAAUCAGAAUGGCUGAAGAAAGUAGAGAAACAGAAGCUAGUGAUAAGCGAGUCUUCCAAUAGAAAUUUAGCUGUGUAUAAAAAAUACAAUAAUAAUAAUAAAAAAAAAGUUUUUCUGAUUUUCA